AAAAAUGGAAAUCAUAACCACGAAGAUGAUGGUGUGGUUAUCUACGCGAAUUGUCCAAAUGUCAAAUUUAGUUCUAAUUUCUUUGUCGUGUAGAACAGACUUUAAAUAUUUUUUUUUUAAAAUUUGUCCUCAUAUAUUUUCUCAAAAGGAUUUUCGCUUAAAAAAUGGCUCAAGACCGUGUCAUUCUUCAUUCAUAUAGGAUUCAGAAUCAAACGAUUCGUGAAUUUCUUUCCGAAAUGGUUGGCACAUUUAUUCUUGUGUUGGUCUGUGAUUGUUCAAUUGCCGUGCAAAUCUUGAGCAAACCACACAAGAUUGAUUUGCUUGCCAUCGGUUUUGCCACUGGCAUGGCAUUGAUGCUUUGCUACUAUGGUUGUGCUCGAUUAUCCGGUGCUCAUGUGAAUCCCGUCGUUACGCUCAGUUUGGUAGCAUUGGGACAUCUUCCUUUUUGGAAAAUUUUUCAUUAUUUUCUUGGCCAAUAUAUUGGUGGAUUUUUGGCAACGGCAGUCGCCUAUAUGAAUCAUUAUUCGGCUAUAACCGUGUUUGAUGGUGGUGUACGUUCAGCAUUCUUUAAUGCUACUUCGACUGCUGGUAUUCUCACUUCACAUCCUGGCCAUCAUCUUACACUUUCCGGUGCAGUUAUCGAUCAGAUUCUGUGCUGUGGUUUGUUAAUGUUGGGCAUCUUAUGUAUUGUUGAUCAUCGAAAUCUCAAUACACCCAAACCAUUAAUCUCAAUUGCAUUGUUUAUUCUUCUUGCCGGUUUGAUCACCGCUUUUGGUUUAAAUUGUGGUCCGGCAUUGAAUCCGGCACGUGAUAUACCAGCCCGGCUAUUUGCUUGGAUGAUUGGUUAUGGUUCUGAGGUUUGGUCUCCGCAUAGUCAUUUAUAUUGGUUGGUGGGUGGCUUAAUUGCUCCUCAUAUUGGCGGAAUUUUGGGUACAUGGAUGUAUCAUCUUGGUUUAGGACUUCAUCUUGAUGAUGAACAAGUUUACAAUCAACAACAACCAAAAACGAAUACGGCCGAACAAGAAAUACUGUUCACAAAUUAAAUUUUUCUUUUACAAAAUAAACUGAUUUUGAAUUGAA